UCAAAUGGUGAAAGCCAUGAAGGAGAAGUUCAACAAAUAUUGGGAAGAGUUCAGUGACAUAUUAGCAAUUGCGGCAGUACUUGAUCCUCGACUGAAGCUUGCGUUUUUAGAGUAUUGUUACAAUAUUCUAGAUCCUGACACUGCCAAAUUGAACGUGGAGUAUAUUCGUGAGAAGAUGGUCAAGCUUUACGGAGCAUAUAAGAAAGACACAAGCAUCACUAGAGCAUCUACUUCACAUGCUCCUCGACACAGCAUCCCUUCAGGAUAUGAUGGCUUUUAUGCUUACUGCUCUCAAAAGACGGGUGGUAGUGGGAAAUCAGCAUUAGACACAUACUUGAGCGAGCCAGUGGUUGAUAUUGACAGCUUUAGAAGUUUGGAUGCUGUGUCAUACUGGAAGGACAAUGCAAGCCGCUUCAAAGAGUUGUCUUCAAUGGCUUGCGAUGUGCUCAGUAUCCCUAUCACAACAGUGGCGUCGGAAUCAUCCUUUAGCAUCGGUAGCCGAGUCCUCAACAAGUAUAGAAGCUGUCUACUACCCACAAAUGUUCAAGCUUUGAUCUGCGCGAGGAACUGGUUCCGUGGCUUUCAAGAAAUUGGUGAUGAGAUUGAGUUUACUUCUUAGAAAGAGAAAAGAGUUGAUUCUCUUCACCUUUCCUUCAGAGACCAUAAACCAAGAGCUACUUUAGAAGAACGGUUCCAAUGACGAUCAAGAAACACUAAGUCAACACAUUAUGUUUGAGACUUUGUUAUCUUUUGAGACUUUAUUAUAUUUGAUACUGUGAGUUUGAGACUUUGUUAAUUGUUAUGUUUGAGUUACAGACUUUGUUAUGUUUGAAACAUUAAGCACAAAUAAAUUUGAAACAUUA